AUGGUGCCCCUGCUACUGCUGCCCCUGCUGUGGGGGGGGUCCCUGCAGCAGCAACCAGGCUACCAGUAUGAGCUCCAAGUGCAGGAAUCGAUGACUGUGCAUGAGGGUCUGUGUGUUCACGUGCCCUGCUCCUUCUCCUACCCGUGGAGUUUGGGGUAUUCCUAUAGCAACCUCUACACCUACUGGUACCGAGACUGGGAAAACCCAGCCUAUGCUGAUCCUGUGGCCUCGAGCAACUGGAAUAAACAAGCGAAGAAAGAGACACAAGGCCGAUUCCUCCUUGCGGACCCCAGGACCAACGACUGUUCCCUGAGCAUCAGAGAUGCCAGGCAGAGUGACACAGGACGCUACUUCCUCCGAGUGGAGAUAGAAUAUCCUGAAUAUAAUUACCUAAGAUACUUCCAAGGAUAUAAGUUCCAAGUACAUAGUUACCAAGAGAAGAUGCUGGAUUUGCAGGUGACAGCCCUGACAGAGAAACCCCACAUCAGUAUUUGGGAGCUGUUGGAGUCCGGCCGCCCCUCACAGCUGGCCUGCAGCCUGCCAGGGGCCUGUGAAGGGGGACGACCUCUCACCUUCUCCUGGGCGGGAGUCGCUGUGGACUCGCUGAACCCCCAGACCCGCCGCUCUUCAACACUCACCUUCACCCCGAGGCCCCGGGACCAUGGCACCAACCUCACCUGUCAGGUGAAACGGAAAGGGGCCCUGUGGACCACACAGAGAACCAUCCAGCUCAAUGUUUCCUAUGCCCCAGGGAACCUCACCAUAGGCGUCUCCUUCAGAAAUGUCACAGCCUUUAAGAAUCUGCAAAACACAUCUCUUUCCAUCCUGGAGGGAGAGGCCCUGAGGCUGCGCUGUGAGGCUGACAGCAACCCCCCUGCCGAGCUGAGCUGGUUCCAGGGGCCCCCAGGCCUGAACGCCACCCCCAUCUCCAGCACCGCGAUCCUGGAGCUGCCUCGCGUGGGGCCUAGGGCAGGGGGGGAGUUCACCUGCCGGGCUCAGCACCCGCUGGGCUCCCAGCACGUCUCCUUCAGCCUCUCUGUGCAGAGCAGCCCGCACGCCAGCAGAUGUGUGACUGAGGAGCAGCAGGGCUCCUGGCCCCUGGUCCUCACCCUGAUCAGAGGGGCCCUCAUGGGGGCUGGCUUCCUCCUCACCUACGUCCUCACCUGGCUCUACUACACCAGGUGUGGAGGCCCCCGGAACAGGAGGCAGAGCUCCUGAUGGAUCCUCCCUUCCUCUCAAGAUGGCACUGAGGUGUGGACACCAGGCUAGAGGGACCGUCCUGGGACCUCAAUGUCACCUUCUCCCUGGAAGCUCUUGACUCACCUGCCUCCAAUGUGCCCCUGGGGUUUCAGUGUGUGGAAGUGACUGAGUGACCACAAGGGGAGUCAAUGCCAUGGAGAGAAGACUUUUCCUCCUUUCACCUCCUGAUAGGAGGGGCCGCUGUGCCCGGGAAGCCCCGGAUUUCCUCAGGAAGCAGAUGCAGGUGCAGGGCAGCCUAGCGAAGGCCUUGAUUGGGGUUUCCAUGGGAAACGCAAGGCAGGGCAGGGUGAGCAGUUCAGGCCCAGCUGGUGUGUGUCAGUCUGGGGGAUGGGCCUGUGGGCGUGGCCUCUAUGUGUCUGGUCCCAGGUCCUGGGUGAUUUGGGGCAGAUGGGGAGGCUGGGAAUACGGGCUCAGGUUGGGUUGGUUUGCAUCUGAAAUUCUUUGCUGUCUCUGAGAAUGGGCGGGCCCUGGGAGGCCGUGUGUCUCCUUGGCUUCCAAUCUGCUUAAUGGCUCAAAACAUCCUAAGACACAGAAAUAAACAAUAAUCCACACCCACUGACAGCCCCCUUGUUUCUGCCUGUGCUUCUCCCAUUUGACUUGUUCCCCUCCCGCCUCUGUCUUUCUCUCUGUUGGUUCUGCCCACUCACCCCCCACCCCCUGCUCCUCUCUCUCCAAUCUCAGGCCCAGAAAGGGACUGAAGUUGGCACCUUCUCCUCCCCUUGCCCAGGAGUUACCUGGUCACCACCUGAGCUUCUGGUCUCCCGUCUGUAGGUGCUGAUACACAGUAGAGUUAGGAGCAGCUCUCUUCUCCCUGUGCAUAGACGCCAACCUCAGAAUUAUUGUUAUAAAACAUCUCAACAUUUAAUCAUAAAUGAAAAUGUUUCUGAGAUAUCAUAUGACAAUUGAUUUUACUCUGUAGUGUCUGUGCUAGUUUCUUGAGUCUAAUUCCGUCUGGAUCUUCUCUUUAUUUUGUUGCUGUUGUUGAACUUGUUUCAAGUAGGGAUUUUGUUUAUUCCUUGUAAUUAUUAUUCAAUUAAAAUUUAUACCUUUUAUUUUUAAAAUAUUUUUUUGAUUUCUGAGAGGAAAGGAGAGAGAAAGAAAGAGAGACACAGAAAAAUGUCAAUGAUGAGAGAGAAUCAUUGAUUGGCUGCCUCCUGCACGUCCUCUCCUGGGGAUGAAGCCUGUUACCGAGGCAUUUAGGCUGACCUGGAAUUGCACUGUGACCUCUUGAUUCAUAGGUUCACACUCAACUCCUGAGCCACACCAGCCAGGCUAUAUCUAUUCAUGCAUAAUAAAAAAAUUCAACAUUUAAGACACACCCGCUCACCAUUUUAUGUUAUUAUGUUCAUAUAUCUUUCAUCUAUCAAUUUGAUAAACUUUAGAGAACAUUA